CUCUCCAUCUAUGAAAAAAAAACUCUCCAAUCCUCUCUCUCUCUCUCUACCCUCUCCACUCUCUCCAACUCCCCAAAACAUGGAAUUCCUUGACUGGAAAUCCAUCGGCUCGAUCCUGGCUACCUUCAUGUUCCUCCGCACCGCUAUCCAUGACUUCCUCCCCCCUGAAAUCUACGAACCUCUCAAACAAUUCUUCCUCCGCCUAUUCGCCGCUUUCCAGUCCAACGUUUCCAUCCUCAUUGAGGAAUUCGAUUCCUCUUACAACAACGAGAUCUUCGAAUCUGUACAAUCCUACUUGAGCUCUAAAUGCUUCUCCUCCGCCAAAAUACUCAAACUCUCAAAACCCAAAAACUCCAAGAAACUUGUGUUUACGAUGGACUCUACCCAGAAGAUCGAUGACACCUUCAACGGCAUACCAGUGAGUUGGUCACUGCAUCGCAUUCAGAAAAAUCCCCACACUUACUCAAUCUUCGGCUCUGGUUCUCAAGAAAGGCGAUUCUUCCAAUUAUCCUUCCAUAAGAAGUAUAAGUCACAGGUGCAUUCAGUUUAUCUUCCUCAUGUAAUGGAAGAAGCUGCAAAUAUCAAAUUCAAGAACAGAGAGCUGAAGCUCUAUACUAACAGAUCAGUUGACGACCAUGGACGGUUUUGGUCGUCGGUACCUUUCUCACACCCAUCUACGUUUGACACGGUGGCGAUUGAUCCAGUGCUGAAAGAGGAGAUCAAAUCGGAUUUGCUGAAUUUUGUGAAUAGGCAGAAGUAUUAUAGCAGAGUGGGGAGAGCUUGGAAGAGAGGGUAUCUUUUGUAUGGCCCACCUGGGACUGGGAAGACUAGCUUGAUCGCUGCGAUAGCAAAUUUUCUAGAGUUUGAUAUCUAUGAUCUGGAGCUGACGGCAGUCAUGAGCAAUUCAGAGCUGAGGAAGCUGCUGAUCGGGACGUCGAGCAAGUCGGUGAUUGUUGUGGAGGAUGUGGAUUGUACACUGGAUCUUUCAGACAGGAAUAAGCAGUUUGUGAAGAAGGAAAGAGAGUGCGGGGAUUUCAUGAUGGAGACGGAGGAGAAGAUGGGAGAGAAGGAGAGGAAUGAUGGGGGUGUGAAGUUUAGCAUGGUGAGUCUUUCAGGGGUGUUGAAUUUCGUCGAUGGGCUGUGGUCGUCUUGUGGUGGGGAGCGGCUGAUUAUCUUCACCACAAAUCAUAAGGAGAAGCUGGACCAGGCGCUGCUGCGAGCAGGCCGCAUGGAUAAGCACAUCCAUCUCAGUUACUGCGAAUUCGACGCAUUCAAGACACUGGCAAGGAAUUACCUGGACACUGACGAUCACAAGCUUUUCGGAGAGAUUGAGGAGGUGCUUGUGGCGGCGAAGAUGACACCGGCGGACGUGGCAGAGAUUUUCAUGAGCUGCAAUGAUGAUGCUGAUGUGGGGAUGAGGAAUGUGCUCGAGGAGAUGAAGAGGAGGUUGAAUGCAGAGGAAUGUAAGAAGGAAAUGGAAGGGAUGGAGAAAGAGGUUGAAGACAAGGAAGAGAUGGGGAAGGAGAUGGAAGCAGAGGAGUUGGGGAAAAAGCACAAAGAAUAGAUCAUCAAGCACUUAAUCUAGGUACACAUGGCAUACGUGUCUGAGAUCCAGACCGUUCAUCCCUUGCGCCUCGCCUUAGUUAGCUCAUUUGCGGAAAACAAUAGUGAUCAGAUGAUUCUAACAAUCCAUUGGAUGUUUUGAUUUAACACAUUUGCAAUUACCAAUGGUUGAUUGGAAUUUUGGGCUGCCACCCAUUUGCAAUUCUGGAGAGUCGCCCAAUGGGUAAGGCCCAAUCAAUCGACGGUCUGGAUCACCCACGCGUGCCACAUGGAGGAGAUUGGGUGCUUGAGAACUUAGAUGAUAUUCCACUGGGUCCUCUUUAUCUUUUCCAAAGGAUCUGUUUUUGUUUGCCUUAUCUGCUGCUGUGGGGCCCAUUAGAUUAAUGGUAUAAAUCUACCAUGAUGAUUUAGUAACUGAAGUGAUAUGGAUCUUUUCCCACUCUU